UACCUCGUUUUUAAGUUGAUAAAAUGGCGUAGUCACUAGGUUGAAAAAUACAUUAGAUAAGGCUGAUUUAUCAGUCCUACAAACGUGACUGACUUUGACCCGGGUAAAGGAUAACAUCUACGGGAUGGCAACGAUGGCAAACACUGACAUUCCUCCCGCGUUUGGCACGGAUAUUAGAAAGGAAUUUAUGCUACGUGAAAACUGCGUGUACCUGAACCAUGGUUCAUAUGGAGGUAUACCAAGAUGUGUACAUGAGAAACAAGUCAGAUAUCUAGAAGAACUCGAGAGUCAUCCUGAUAGCUGGUUCCGAUACAAAUCAUUCGAAUAUGUGCGCAGUUCUAAAGCAAAGGUAGCCGAGUUCAUGGGUAUAGAAGCAGACGACACGUUCUUUAUCCAAAAUGUUACUAAAGCAAUUAAUACGGUGAUGAAAACGUUUCCUCUAAAACCUGGAGACGCUUUCUUGAUGAAUUCGUUGACGUACGGAGCUGUUAAAUUGACGGCGCGUUCCACUGUCAAUAGAGUAGAAGGAGCAAAACUAUACCAAGUUGACUUAGAUUUCCCUGAUACCGACGAAAAUUCUGUGGUAGAGAAGUAUGAAGAAUUCCUAGCUACACACCCGGAUGUCAAACUUGCCGCACUAGAUCAUAUUACUAGUCCCACCUCUGUUGUUCUACCAAUCAAGCGUAUCAUAGAGGUGUGUCACAAAUACGGUGUUGUUGUUGUCGUGGACGCCGCUCAUGUCCCUGGUCAACUGCAAGUUGAUAUACAAGACAUUGAUGCCGAUUUCUAUUCCGGAACGAUGCACAAAUGGGCGUUUAGUCCGCGAGCGUGUGCCUUUAUAUGGAUGAACCCAAAACGCCACCAUGCCUGGUUCAGACCCCUUAUUACAUCAAAAUUUGAAAACGAGGCUCUUCAGGACGCUUUUUCAUUUGAAGGCACUAAUGACGACACGCCCUUCAUAUGUUCUGCUGAUGGAAUCGAAUACAUGAAUCGGAUCGAUGGAAUGAACAAAGUUGUACAAUAUAAUUCCAUGCUGGUUAGUAAAGGAGUCGAGUACCUUGUAGAAAAGUGGGGGACCAAACGUCUGUCGAUUCCCAAGCACAUGGAAGCACCAUGCCUACGAAUAAUUUAUCUGCCAUAUAUACCCGGAUUCUCUGACCGUUUGAAGGCAGAUGUAACUGGCGUGCUUAAAAGUAAGAUUAGCGGCGAGCUUCAGAAGUUGAUACUGGAUGAAUUUGAUAUUCAGAUUCAGGUCACAGUAAUAGAAGGUCAGCUGGUUACCAGGGUAGCAGCACAGGUCUACAACACCAUGGAGGAUUUUAUCAAACUUGGGGAAGCAGUGACGACACUAUCUAAACGGAAAAAGAAUCAUUAAAACUUAAGUCAGAAUGUUAAGUUUGAAACAAUACGGUUAAAAUAUAGCGGGAAAAUUGUAUAAGUAAAUUCGUGAUAGCAGUGUCAAAUAUUCUUUAAAAAAUCACCAACUGAUUAAAUAUCUUAGACUUUUUUUUAUGAAUUUCGAUAUUUUAGGUUUAACAUAUGUUUUAGAAGAAUGCCAACUUCAUACCUGACUGCACUAGGAAGGAUGUACUACCAAAUACAUGCCUAUUACUAAACAUUUCUAUGCUAUCACGCACUCGCCUUUAUUCGAACACUUAUCUUCUAAACUUAUCUGACAAACUGUCCGGUUAGCUCAUUACGUAGAGUGUUGGACAGUGAAUAGGGCGACCUGGGUUCGAUGCCCGGACGGUGGCAUUCACUUUUGUUGUGAUUUAUUAUGGAGUAUCUGGAAAAAGUGAUCUCUCAAGAGCAUUAAAAACAACAAAAUUACAUGAAAAAUGCGGACCUCGUUUGAUUGCGUCUGUACAUGAGGGAUAAUGAAAAAGUGCCACAUCCCUCACGCCCCCCCUAGCACCGGCUUGAGCGGUAUUCUCAACAAUAAUAGUGCUGGACUCAAUGAUCCCGAAGGACCAGAAAAAUAUAACAACACUGGAUUGAAGUACGGGCAACUUUUUACGGCUGCCUUUCUAACGUUAAUUCACAUAGUACAUCUGCUCUGUCAUGUGUAGUUAUCAGUUCCUUGCGGAAGUGAAGGCAACUAGUACUGGUAAACUGCUUGAUAGCCUGUCCAGGAAUGAUAUGUCGCUGAUUUGUGCUCUAGUGAAUUCAAAGUGGCUUUCUGCCGUGGUCCAGAGUGUGAACAACUCAGUUUCAGAAACGUUUUAUAUGCAUUGAAUUUAUGUUUCACUUUGUUUGCAAAUUUUUUUCAGCUUCAGGUCCAAAAAUGUGGAACCCCAUUUAUUGAUAAAUCAAAAUCAUACAAUCGUACAAUUAUGCAUAACCAUACAAAUACAAAUCAUACAGUAAAUCAUUAAACAUUAAAACAGGAGACAUAAGAUUUUCACAUUGCAUUUAUAGUAUAAAUUUUGAAUUUGAUGAGAUAUUAUAAAAAGAACGUUAGAAGAAAACAAUGUUUGUAUAUGUACAUAAUUAUUUAGUAUUAUUAAAGUGAAUUAUUAUAGAUCACCUUUUGGCAUACAAUAACACAAGAAUGGUGAUAUGUCCGGAUCUGCACUCUCAGUUCCUAUAAAA